AUGUCACCUAGACAUCACUCUGCUGCUAUGCUCUCCGCGCACAAGCGGGCAUACCGUCAGCGCCGCAAGGAUCCCAGCUGUGACGCGUGUCGCGAACGCAAAGUUAAAUGUGAUGCUACGGAUACAUCCAGCUGUACAGAAUGCUCGAGCAGGAGUGUCAAGUGCCAGUUCACCAAGGAGACUAACCGACGCAUGUCCUCGAUGAAGCAUGCGCAAGAUCUCGAACGGCAGCUGGAGGAAACCCGACAAGAGAACCGCCAACUUCGUAACAUGCUCAGCGAUCAAGGCGGUGCAAGUGCAGGCGCCUCUAUGGCACCACCAUCGACCAGUGUCUCAGGACCGCCCGAGAUCACUCCCAGCAAGCAAAGAAACGGCCGUCCACUCGUUAUGAACAGCUUUGAUGGCGUGAGAGCCAACCUUCGCAAAUUCAGCCAAGGCAUCUUCAAGCCACCGCAUCCUUACAGCAUGCCUACUGUGCAGGUCCAUUGCGCCGAUUCGUCAACACCUUUGCCGCCUAAGCAGCUGGUUGACAACCUGUUGCAGAAUUACCACACCGUUUUGCAGCCGCUAUGCCCUUUCCUCCACUGGCCAACCUUCAUCGACGAAUGCGAUCAGCUGUACAGAAGGGGCACCUUCCAAGGGCUACGUCAGAUUUGGAAGGCUCUCUUCUUUGCAGUCAUGGCUUGUGGCUGCAGCAUACAAGAUGCGAGAGGAUCCGCGCAUCCAGAGUCAGAGUGCAUCAAGUUUGCUGAGGUAGCUAAGUACUGCACAAAGUCGGUAGAUGACGACAUCUCGCCUGACCAUGUGCGCACUUCGCUGCUCCUCAGCAUCUGCUUCUCAAACAUAAAUCGCAAGGCCGCAACUUGGUUCUGGCUCGGCUCUGGAGUCAGGUUUGCUCAACUGCUGGGACUGCACCGAGAGCAUGGCCAGCUACCGCAGUUUGAGGCCGAGAUGCAAACCCGUCUCUGGUGGUCUGUCUACAACUGGGACAGAAUUCUGUCUCUUGAGCUUGGUCAAGUGCCCAUCAUUGACGAUAGUGAUGUCGAUGUCAGUGAGCCCACUCCUGUUGACGACGCAAGCAUAGGGCCAAACGGACCUGGAAAUCCGGGUGCCCGUCCGAACUCACUUAUAGUCUUUGUUCCCAUCGUACGCAUCAUCUACCCGCUAAAGAAGACACUCAAGUCGCGCACCGUAACCGCCUCGACUCUGAACGCCUACGACGAACACUUCCGCUCCAUCAUGGGCUCCUGGCCCGAUCCGUACCCGAUCCACUCGAACGCCCCGCUCGACCCUGUAUAUUUCAGUGCUAUAUUCUUGCUGCAGAUCGCUCGCUUCCAUCUCUACCGCCACAAUCUCGCUCCUCCUUGUCGUCCCCAGGAGCGUAAAGAUGCUCUCUACCGUUGCCUUUCAGUCGCUAAGGACACAGCCGUCUACCUUCAACGUUCCAUUCAGACGUCUCCCGGCCCGCCUCGGUACUCAGCUCAGCCUUUGAGACCAAGCCCCGAGUGGAAUGCGCGCAUGGCUGAUAUCUCUCCAUUUUUCCUUGUCUUCCACUUUUGGCGCUGCACGCUGGUAGCCGCUCUUUGUGGAGACUACGCUACUGCUCUCAUCUGCGUGAUGCCACUGAACGCGAUUGGCACCCGUGUGAUAGUCAACUCGGCUUGUGGACGCUACCUCUCCUUUUUCCUGGAUUGUCUGGUGGAGCGUAUUCAGAACGGCAGAGGCAGCCCUGAGAUGCUGGAAGCAGAUGAAGAAAUGCUGGCCUACGCCAGCGCUGAUAUGCAAGGCUCACACGAGACUGCUUGGGCUUGGACUGGUGGCGAGGUGUUGCAGAGAACAUUGGACCAUACUGCCACCGCUGCUGAGGGUGCAACCAGCGCCUACGAUCAUGCUUUGGGAGAAGAGCCUGAGUGGAAUGGUUGGAAUCGUGUAAUGGAUAUCCUGUCUCAAUUGGAACAGGAGCAGCAUCGCAGCAUGCAGCAGCAGCAGCAACAGGGUCCACCACCUCCACAACCGCAGGCUCAUCAACAGCAACAGCCUCCUCCACCACCGCAGUAUGCAGCGCAGCACAUGCCGCCUCAGUAUGCUCAACCCCACCAACAGGCGCCAUCAGCACCAUACUUCCAACCACCCAGAGCGCCUACACCGCAUAUGACUCCUGCCCCCGGUAACGCUGGGUCAUCUAAUCCGCCGGCACCAGCAGGCACCAGCUCUCGCAUCAGCAUUAAAGAUAUUAUUUAG